GUUCCUGGGUUCAAAUUUUCAACGACACUGAAUGAGUCCCGCGGCGGCUUUGCGGGUGCUUCGUUGUCAGAGCAGGGGCGAGAUUCUUGAUAAGUAUUUGCCAGACUUCAAGAUUUCAGAAAAGAGGUGAAAGAGUAUAUUGCAACUUUGAGUCAAGCCUGUAGGCAAGUGGACUGACAGACCAAUUAAACAACAGAAGGUUACCUACCUGUUAAGAGAUCCAAAUACUCUUGCAAGAGUGCUAAGUGGGGAGCAAUGUCACAAGUUGAAACCUCUUAUUCCUAUGAUGCCCCCAUGGACUUCAUCAAUUUUACAUCUUUGGGUGAUGAGGAAGAUACUGAAAACGUAGAUUCAUGGUUUGAGGAGAAGGCCAAUUUGGAGAAUAAGUUUCUUGGGAAGAAUGGGACAGCAGGGCUUUUUCAGGGUAAAACUCCUUUGAGAAAGGCUAAUCUUCAGCAAGCUAUUAUCACACCUUUGAGACCAGUUGGCAACACUUAUUACAAAGAGGCAGAAAAGGAAAAUCUUGUGGAACAAUCCAUUGCAUCAAAUGCUUGUUCUUCAGUGCAAGUUGAGGGAGCCAUAUCAAGAAAGACUCCAGCCCAGCCACAGAGAAGAUCCAUUAGACUCUCUGCUCAGAAGGAUUUGGAACAGAAAGAAAAAGACCAUGUAAAAAUGAAAGCCAAAAGAUGUGCCACUCCUGUAGUCACUGAUGAAAUUCCACCCCUUAAAAAAAUGAAAGUUUCUAACACGAAAAAGAAGCCGGAGGAAGAAGGCAGUGCUCAUGAAGAUAUUUCUGAAAAGAAUGAAUCUUCCCCCGAGAAAGCCAAGGACAGACAUACUGUGCCUCGUAUACUACCAGUAAGGCGGAAGGUUCUAAAAAGUACUGAGGAGCAAGAGUUGGAGAAGAGAAUGAAAAUGCAGCAGGAGGUGGUGGAGAUGCGGAAAAAGAAUGAAGAAUUCAAGAAACUUGCUCUUGCAGGAGCAGGGCAACCUGUGAAGAAAUUAGUGAGCCAGGUAACCAAAUCAGUUGACUUCCACUUUCGCACAGAUGAGCGCAUUAAACAACAUCCUAAGAACCAAGAAGAGUAUAAGGAAGUGAACUUUACAUCUGAACUUCGAAAGCAUCCUUCAUCUCCCGCCCGAGUGACUAAGGGAUGUACCAUUAUCAAGCCUUUCAACUUGUCCCAAGGAAAGAAAAGAACAUUUGAUGAAACAGCUUCUACAUAUGUGCCCCUUGCACAGCAGGUUGAAGCCUUCCAUAAACGAACCCCUAACAGAUACCAUUUGAGGAGCAAGAAGGAUGAUAUUAGUCUGUUACCCUCCAAAUCUUCUGUGCCAAAGAUCUCCAGAGACCCACAGACUCCUAUACUGCAAACCAAACAGCGCGCAAGGCCUGUGACCUGCAAAAGUGCAGCAGAGCAGGAGGCUGAGGAGCUUGAGAAACUGCAACAAUACAAAUUCAAAGCACGGGAACUUGAUCCCAGAAUUCUUGAAGGUGGGCCCAUUUUGCCCAAGAAACCACCUGUGAAACCACCCACUCAGCCUAUUGGCUUUGAUUUGGAAAUUGAGAAAAGAAUCCAGGAUCGAGAGUCAAAGAAGAAAUCAGUUGAUGAACACUUUGAAUUUCAUUCCAGACCUUGCCCUACUAAGAUCUUAGAAGAUGUUGUGGGUGUUCCUGAAAAGAAGGUACUUCCAAUCACUGUCCCCAAGUCACCAGCCUUUGCGUUGAAGAAUAGAAUCCGAAUAUCUACCAAAGGAGAUGAGGAAGAGGAUGAACCGGUAGUGAUAAGAGCUCAACCUGUACCACAUUAUGGGGUGCCUUUUAAGCCCCAAAGCGUAGAGGCAAGAACUGUGAUGUGCCCUUUCUCCUUUGAUUCUCGAGACAAAGAACGUCAGUUACAGAAGGACAAGAAAAUAAAAGAACUGCAGAAAGGGGAGGUGCCCAAGUUCAAGGCACUUCCCUUGCCUCAUUUUGAUACCAUUAACCUGCCAGAGAAGAAGAUAAAGAAUGUGACCCAGAGUGAGCCUUUCUGCUUGGAGACUGACAAAAGAGGUGCUCUGAAGGCACAGAUUUGGAAGCACCAGCUGGAGGAAGAACUGAAACAGCAGAAAGAAGCAGCUUGCUUCAAGGCUCGUCCAAACACUGUCAUCUCCCAGGAGCCCUUUGUUCCCAAGAAAGAGAAAAAAUCAGUUACUGAGGGCCUUUCUGGUUCUCUAGUCCAGGAACCUUUUCAGCUGGCUACUGAGAAAAGAGCCAAGGAGCGGCAGGAGCUGGAGAAGAGAAUGGCUGAGAUUGAAGCCCAGAAAGCCCAGCAGUUGGAGGAGGCCAGGCAGCAGGAGGAAGAGCAGAAGAAGGAGGAGCUGGCCAGGCUACGGAAAGAACUGGUGCAUAAGGCGAAUCCAAUACGAAAGUACCAGGGUGUGGAGGUAAAGUCAAGUGACCAGCCUCUGACUGUGCCUGUAUCUCCCAAGUUCUCCACUCGAUUCCACUGCUAAACUCAGCUGUGAGCUGCAGACAGCAUCUGGCAACAGGACUUGCUCUUACAUCAAAUCAGGAGCCAUGUUUGUCAUCGGGCAUGGAGAGAACCCAUUGCUCCAGACUUUCACCUACCUGUGCCCAAGAGAGCAUAUUGACAACCAUGGACUCCAAUGUUAUUGCGAAUUAUUUUCUUACAUUAUUGAGGCUAAUCACGAGACUCAACUCAUGUAUGUCUCAAUUUAGACUCCAUGUAGUUAUUUCCUUUUAAGCUAUCAGUUGGCAUUUAAUAUGGAUCUUAACUCUGACUAGAAUUUAAAGUCUCGGUGUCAACACAGCAUAAUCUCUGUUCCCCCUUACCCCUCUCCCUUUUGUAAAAUUUUAAUUAGAAAAUAAAGAUAGUUAAAUCCUGA